GAGUGGGGUGGGGUGUCCGCGUGCAUCUAUAUAUAAGGCGACUUGCAGCUGUCAGGUGGCGGCGGGCAUCAGCAGCGCUCAAUCUGCAGAAAAGAAAGAAAGAAAGAAAGAAGGAAAGAAGGUGACCAAAUGUCUCACGCGUGGGGUUACGCCGCCGAGAACGGUCCGGACAAGUGGUCCGCCAGUUUUCCCAUCGCCGACGGUCCUCGGCAGUCGCCCAUCGACAUCGAGCCGGGCCUGGCGUCGUUCGACGGCUCGCUCAAGCCGCUGAGCCUCAAGUACGACCCCGGCACCUGCUUGGAGAUCCUCAACAACGGACACUCCUUCCAGGUCACCUUCCUGGACGACCAGGACAGCUCCGUUCUGAGCGGCGGGCCGGUGUCGGGGGUGUACCGGCUCAAGCAGUUCCACUUCCACUGGGGGGCUUCCGACGACAAGGGCUCGGAGCACACGGUGGCCGGGAACAAGUACCCCGCCGAGCUGCAUCUGGUUCACUGGAACACCAAAUACGCCAACUUCGGCGAGGCCGCCAGCAAACCCAACGGACUGGCCGUGGUGGGCGUUUUCCUGCAGAUUGGAAAUGAAAACGCCAGCCUCCAGAAGGUUCUGGACACCUUUGGUGCCAUCAAGACCAAAGGCAAGCAGACGACGUUCACGGGCUUCGACCCGAGCAGCCUGCUGCCCGCCCGCCUGGACUACUGGACGUACGAGGGCUCCCUGACCACGCCCCCUCUGCUGGAGAGCGUCACCUGGAUCGUGUGCAAGGACCCCAUUGGCGUCAGCUCGGCUCAGAUGGACAAAUUCCGCGGCCUGCUGUUCUCGGCCGAGGGCGAGCCUGAGUGCUGCAUGGUGGACAACUACCGGCCCCCACAGCCGCUCAAAGGCCGCCAAGUGCGAUCUUGCUUCAAGAGCACUUAGCGGGCGUCUGCCAUCACUGUGCCAUCCACUCUGCAAAUGUGCCCUGUGGCUCUUACGGAUUUACGGCCGGCGCCACGACUGCACGACACCAGGCCGGCUAACGUUAGCUUCCAAAGCCUUUUUAUGUGUCAUCCUUUUUGUGUGUUUUUUUAAAACAUAUGCAAACUGAGUAAUUCUUACUCUGGAAAGUAAUUUUUGAAUGAAAUUGAAUGUGUCAAGAAGAGUGUGCCAUUUAAAAUAAAAAAUAAAAAGAUGCCAAGAAGGAGAAGAAUGCAAAAGCUCAUCUUUUUCUCUUUAUUUCUCAACCAAUGUACUAAAGAGAGAUUGUGAUUCAUAUUUUUCAAGGACAAAUUAGAUGCCUUAUUACAAUUAUUUUAAAAUUUUGCCAGUGGUUGUCAAGCCCCGUCCAGAAAUUGUUUGUCAUUUUGUUGUUCUCCAUCCAUCCAUCCAUUUUCUGAGCCGCUUUUCCUCACUAGGGUCGCGGGCAUUUUGUUGUUCUAUAUUUAGCAAGUGGACAUUUGACCAGUUUAAUAAAUCGGUUUUAAAAGGAAA